GUUCUUUUCUCCCCCCUCCCCCAAGUGCUGUGUCAUUUUAAAUGCCUGUCGAAAGGACCCCGGUGGCCGUCUCGAUCUCCCGCUCGUCGUGUCGUGCCUGACACGGCGGCAGUGCCGCAGCGCGUUGCGGGCCCUUUUCUUCGACCACCCUUGUCCACUCUGCAUCUCGUUUUAUCCCCGUGGUGCUUCAUAUCUCUCGGACGAUAACAGGAUCCUUUCUUUCGGGCUUCGGUCGCGUCUUGCGCACGGCUGAAUCGCCAAGAUGACCUCGUUUAGCGCGGGCCAGUUGGGGGUGUCGGCCAACAAGAUUACCAAGGCGAGGGGGAAGAUGGUCAAGCCGAUAUUGAAGAAGCUGGCGCAGUCGGAUAAGAAGAACUCGCUGGAUCUGGACCGGGGGUGGGACGAGCAGCAGGUCGAGCAGCUCGAUGCGGGCCCGUGGGAUGGAGGGUCGGGCUAUGCGGGGCAGGCGAGAGAUGCGGUGGGCUUUGGGUUUGCAAGCGGCCCCGGGCUCGGGGCAGGAGCAGACGGGGUGGCAGGAAUCGGCGGGGGAAGCGCCGCCAUCAGGGGGAAUUUCAAGUACCAGCACGGCCGCUCGGGAUCGCAGACCUCGGCUGGAAGCGGGCCCCGCGCGACCUUUGUGCAUCCCUUUGCGCAGACUCCGCGCACCUCGACGCCGCCGCUGUCGUAUGCCAACUCGCUCGCCUCUUUCGACAAUGGGAGGGAUUGCUCCCCGACCAUUACCGAGAACGAGGACGACGACGGGUUCGAAACGGGCAUCGGCGCGCAUCCGCUCGCGCACGCAGCACACGCGCAUGCCUCGCAGCCCCCAUCGGCAGCUGCCAGCACCUCGCAAUCCAACCUCGGGCGGCCGUCAUUCGGCAGCCAGCGGACCGCUUCCUUCCCGGAAACUCCGGCCUCGAAUCCGCCCUCGCUUCGCAUCCACACCGGCGGCCGUUCAUUUUCGGGCACCACCGCAACCUCUUCGCGCCUGGCGCACGGCAGUUUCCCAUCGCCCAGCCACUCGGACGCGCAGAUCGAUUCGCACACUCUGAGCGUCAGCUUUAGCGGAACCCUCGACUCGCCCACGGGAAGUCUCGGCGCCGGGAGCACCAUCAAUUCGCCUCAGCAGUCAUCACAGUUAUCGCCUCUUCGCACCUCUCUCGACAUGGCCGGGUUUCCCCGCCUCCGCAGCCACUCCGAGAUCGACACGGCCACCCGAAUCGAGAACAUUCGGGCCGCCCGCCGCAAGUUCGAGGAGCGCGAGCGCGAGAAGGAGGAGAAGUACGACCGCGAGAUGAUCCGCAAGCGCGAGCGCCGCGACAACAAGGAGGCCAGCCGCAUCGAAAAGGGCGAGGCGCCCAGCCGGCCGUCGAUGCAUCGCAGGAAGACGCCGACCGGUCUCUCGACCGUCUCGGAGCCGGCCGGGAGAUCCUCGGGCGUGUUCGACCGCUCCCUCGCCUUCUUGGGCCCCUCCGGCAGCAGCAGCAGCAGCGGCACCGUCCUCGGAAUCGGCAGGCGGAGGCAUACCGACAUCCCCACGUCUUCCGCGGCAGAGAGCGAGAAGCAGAUGGGCUUCGCCGCCCGCCGGUACGAGAGCACCUCGCUCGUGCCGCAGACGCCGCCCUCGUUCGGCGUGACCGUCGACGACGUCCACUUCGAGCCGGCGCCCCCGCGGAGGGGCAGCGGCGCCAAGCGGAAGACCCAGGGAUACUGGCAGGGCUUCCUCCUUUGGCUCAGGACGAAGCUGCUCCGCAUGAGCACGCGGUAAGAUGGGGUGGGUCGCCCGAGAACGAGCAGCCCGCCUGCUCUGUCGCUCACCACCCCAACCGCGCGGGGGACUUGCUUGGGUUUAACAACAGGACCAAGCAGGCGAGGAGGACAACAGAAUCCUCAACAUCUCAGAGAUUUCAAGCAAAAAAAAGAA